AUGCUCUUGAGGGUAGAAAUUCCAGUUGUGAGCAACAGUAUGAGUCAAAAUGCUGCCUGUUUGUUGAAGGUUCUUCUGCUGGAUUCAGAUGAAAACCAUGAACUGGCAAAGUAUAGCUCUGCUGAAUUCAUUCUCGACUUUGGGAAACACGAAUUCAGCCUAUCUGACAUCCUUUGGCACCUGACUCCACAUGGAGCAUUUGAGGUGCUGAACAGGCCAGAAAUAGAGGUGACACCUCCUUCUCAGCGUACACGCACUGGGCACUGCUGUCCAGCCAGAGAGGACACACACAAGUUAAGAUCCAGUCCCUGCAGACUUGCACAGGGCCAGAUCCAGAACUACAUUUCCCUGCAGGCCCGGGGCUCCUUCUGGCGCAACGCUCCGGCGCUCUGCUUUCCGGCUGCUUUUACGUUAGAUCUCAGCGAAGGCUCUUACGGCGGGGCCGGGAUCCGGAAUAUGGGUUCUUCGCUUACCCGGCCACUUGACUCUUUAGAUCCUUCGAAGCUCCCUGUCCCUCGUGAAGGCUCCCGCUCUACCAACCCUGCGGCACCCGAUGCUUCGGAAGUGCCGCUCUCUCCGGUGCAAACCCCGUUGUUGCUUAAAAGCUGCUGGAGCUGUCGCCUCCUGUCCGGGUUUGGGCUGAUAGGGGCGGGCGCUUACGUGUACUUAGUGGCGCGGAGGCCCUUGAAGCUGGGAUACGCCCCGGGUCCCGGGACUAUUGCAAAAAUGACCAUCGGCAUCUGCAUUGGCUGUUGGGGUAUAAUUAUCCUGACAGACCCGAAGGGGAAGGGCUACCGCGUUGCUUGAAGUACCAUCAGUGAAGUCCUGUUCUGUCCCUGGCCCACUGACAUAGAUCAAGCAUGAGGUUUAUGAAUUUUCUGGACAUACACAAAUAUGGAUAGACUUCACUAUUUCGGAUGCUACAAGACUGAAAGGACAUUAAAAACAUUGGUUGUCAUUCUUU